UAAACCAACACGCAGGUAGUAGAUGAGCACUUAAAAUCAUCGAUCCUUACUUGUUUUAUGUGAUUUUACUGUGUGACUUCUACUUUGUUUAAGUCGAUUUUCUUUCACUUCUUGGUGAAUCUUCUUCUUCCAUAUUAAUUCCAAACAACAUGUCUUGGUCUUCUCUUCUUGCCGAGUCCGAAAGUUCCUCAAGUCCGUCGGCAAAGAACGACAUUAUGUUGUCGUCACAUUUCGAGAAAGUAGAGGAACGGCAAGCGAUGACCGCUGACAAAGAUCUUGACGUAGCCCACGGCAACAUGAACGAUGAGGAUGACGCCUCAUGGCCUGAAGACGAAGAAGCUGAAGAUGACGGCGAAAGUGGGCUCUCAGAAGAUGCUAAUGAAUGUCCUGACCAGGAGGAUGGCCAAGACGAGGAGUAUGACGAGCAGUACGGCGAUGAAGAGGAUGACUCCUCUGUGCUAGAGGAGGAUGAGACGCUUGGGGAGGAUUUUGGGUCCUUCGAUUUGCAUGCCGAGCUCGGAGUAUCUCGGAAUCCCAGUUUAUCGCGUGUGCAAGCGGCAUUCCACCGGAAGAGUACACGUUGCUACAACGCUUGGUAUCAAUAUCCGUAUUUGGAAUCGGAUUUGCAAACUUUUAGACGCACAGUAUUUGCGUUUUUGGUGUUGAGAGACCCUGCUCGGCGUCAAAUCUACGAGGAUCUGGGUUUUGACGCGUUACAAAAAUCCGAAGCCUAUGCGGAAAGUAGCGUUUUUGACAUUUCUCCCCGUGCGGAAUUCAAUAAAUUUUUCGCUGGUGUACGGGAGGAGGAUCGCGAUUACCUCCUAAUGAAUUCGACAAACCACAUGGACGACGAUGACGAUGAGGAGGAUCGAAAUCCCAAUAUGAUUGCGGUCAAUGGGGCAACUGCUUGGGAAAAACGAGGAGCUCGAGAUCUCGGAGCUGCUUCUGCUCCAUCAAAUGACAAAGAUCUUGAGCAGGAGUCAAACUCAAACGAGGAAAGCAGACCGACUUCGACAGCUGAUGCUGCUGGUGGUGGCAAUGGAGCCCCAGGUUUCUCCGUGGUGGAGGAAGACCUCCGCGUUGAUCGAUUAGAGGACGACGAGGAAGAGGACGAAGAGGAGCCCGAGGAUGAGGAUGGCCUUGAGGAUGAUGACGAAUUGGAAACGCUCCGUUUAAUUCAUGAGCAGGCGGCUGCAACGAAACGAAAAGAGGCCUCAAAGAGUAACAAAGACCUCUUGACCAAGGACGAUUUGGAUCUUGAAGUGGAAGCGACAAUGCAAAAAGCGAUAGCGAAAGUUGGAGGACUCUCCUCCUCUAGUAGUAGUAGCUCUAGUAGAUUGACGACCCGUCCUAGUCGUCCUGGUAUCCCGAAAAAAACUAGCAUGAUGUCAACGGCUGCAGCGACAUCUUGUGACGCGAAAGCGACACCAAGCAAACCUGCAUCAUUAGCCUUGGCUCGUGAGCUUCCCUCUUCAUUAUCGUUGCCCGCGUUUCCUGCGUUGCCGGCGUUUGCGCAGGUAUCACCUGAAGAAAUGGCUGCGCAAGUACAGGCAGAAAAAGCCGCUUUCUGGGCCGAGCGCAGCGCAAAGAAACGGGGAGCCACAACUUCCUUGUUGGAACAACUAAAGCAAGACAAGAAAGCAAAGAGAGCAAAAAAGGACCCGUCAAAAGCAGGUGAGGAUGCAGUAGGUUUUUCGGAUUCAAGUAUGAGCUCUGAUUCAGAAGAAGGAUCACAUGAUAGUGACGACGAAGCCACGGCUGCUGCUCUCAUGGCAAAAUGGAACAAGCCAACACCUGCGUCUUCCUCGUCAACUGCACCAGAGAAAAGAACAACGGCCUCAACCUCCACACAACUCAAAGCUACUCUAUCUUCUUCGAGUAACAAGAAGACUGUCGGAUUUUCAUCAACGACUCGUGGACCUCAAAAGAAACCACGCAGGACGUUUUGGAUGGCGUCCUGUGUGCGCACGCGCGGGUGGGGUAAAUUAGUGCGGAGGCGUAUGCAGAAAGAGUACAUGCGAGCAUGCAGGAUUUCUAGAGGGGAACAAAGGAAAAAGCUCGAAGCACUUUUGGAGUCGGCUAAGGAAUAAUGGUAAUGCAACAAUCUUCCAAAAUUCCCAUGCCGGGCCACAUACUACCUCCUCCCUCGCGGGCUAAGGCAAAGCAAAAUUCACCGAAACUGCAUGAAUUGACUACCAAAGAGUAUCCACACUUGUUUUUUCGAUGCUUCUGCUGAAAUGUAAAAUGAGCAUUGUUUGACUUCUGCAGCGGG